AUGAACACUACCACCACUACCACCACUGCCACCACUCCGCCUCUCAAUCAAUCUUCUUUUGAGUUGAGUGGUCCAUAUGGAGAUUGGAGAGACGACCUUCACAAUCAAGGCUAUGCUAUCAUCAAGAAUGCCAUUGACCGAGAAAGGGCCCAGGGCUACCAGCGCAAAGCCCUGGACUGGCUCAAGUCUUUCAGCACAGCCCUCGACCUUGAUGAUCCUUCCACAUGGACCAACGAAAACUUGCCUGUCCAAAGUAAAGUGAAUACAUUCAAUGGGUAUUCGGUCAGCCAUGAGAAAUUCAUGUGGGAUGCUCGCAUGGAACCCAAGGUAUUGGAUGCGUUCACCAAGAUCUGGGGUACGGACGAGCUACUCGUCUCGUUUGACGCACUGAACAUCACUCUGCCAAACCGAGAAGACAAGCCAGCUCAAAAGCCGUGGCCCCACGUGGACCAGUCGCCAAUGCGUCGCGGGAUCCACUGUAUUCAGGGCAUUAUCAAUCUAAGCCAUGCGGGUCCCGAAGAUGGAUCCCUUAUGGUGUUCCCGAGGUCGAACGCAGCAACCGAGGGGUUCUUCGACACUGAGACCGACCCAUCCACCUGGGAGCAGAAGGACAUACGCCUAUUCAGCGAGGAAGAAAUCCAGUGGUUUGAAGAUCAUGGUAUGAAACCAUCCAAGGUGCUUGCUGAGCCCGGAGAUUUAAUCUUGUGGGAUUCACGUACUGUGCAUUGGGGUGGGGAACCAACAGUCAACAGCAACACGAUCCGAACGGUGAUUUAUGCAUCAUAUGCCCCUUUUAAGUUAGCGACCGAAGAGAGUUUGAAACUGAAGAAAGAAGCUUUUGAGUCUUAUCGGGCAACGACACAUUGGGCACACGAGAAUAUCGUUAUACGCGAUGGCGUGGUGCAUCUCCCGGGUGGCCAGGUCGAUCCCCGCAAUCGCUCUGUGCCCUUGGAAGUGCCAGAGCACACAGAUCGGUUGCUUCAACUAGCAGGAGUAAAGUCUUAUCGUGAGCGUUUGACGUCGAUCUUCCGUAUUGCUCACAGGACAAAUAUGAAAUCAUUUGAAUCUCGCCCUGCCGUGGAUUAUCCACGGAAGCGUGCAUCAAUUGCAUGUAAUUUCUGUCGACAUCGGAAACGGAAGUGCGAUGGUCAAAAGCCGACAUGUGGCCUCUGCACCGAUGCGGGGGCUCAGUGUGUCUAUCAAGAAAGCGACAGGGUGCAGGAUAUCCCAGCUGAAAUCCUGCUUCGCUUGACCCAUCUGGAAACCCUGAUCGAGCAACAAAAGGACGCCAUCACCGAUCUCUCGGCCCGAGUAGGCUCUUCAUCGGAUCAUCCAGUUCGGUCGACUUCCUCUAUCUAUUCGUCACAGCCAAAAUAUGACUGGGACCCAUCAUCGGAGCAUGUAUACGAUAAAUCCUCCUUCGGCCUCUUUUCACCGGAGAAUACAUACGGCCAUGAAUAUACAUUUACCAUUCCGCCCGGUCAUCAUACGCCAACAGGAAGCCUAUUUGCCUUGGAUCGAAUCAAGAAUUUGGUUGGCGACUACCCUCAAGACUUUUUCAAGCAGAUAGAAAAAAAGCGUCCAUUCAACAGCAUCCAAGUCGCAGGCAUACCCCAGACCUUUGAACAAAUCGACAGAUCCCGACUACAUUCCCACGUCACCAAACCUCUGAUCACCGAGUUCCUCCAGCAUGUCCAUCCAUUCUUCCCAAUUGUUGAGCCGCAGUUGUUACAUAUGCUCUUUGAUACUUUCUCAACAUAUACCAAGGUCAACAGCAUCCAAACUUCACUUUAUCUCGUCAUUUUGGCUCUAGGAAAGGCCUCGUCGAAUCCUCAGCGAAUUUUUGAUAUCGAAGCGGACAAAGAUCUGAGUGGGAUGGAAUAUUUCGCUUCCGCGUAUCACUACUUGAACAACCCGUUAAUAACGUCCUUUACAGCGGACCACUUAUUGCCUUUGGCUUUAUUCUACGGCUCUUUGUAUCUGCGUCACAUAGGACGCCCAAUCCAAGCAUGGCAAAUGAUUCGUGAUGCAUCCGGUAGUGUGCAGAUCAUGAUUUCCGAACUACAUGACAUGAACACGCACGAAGAGCGAGCUAGUCUCUACCGGAUUGCUUGGGGUUGCUUCAUCCUCGAAUGUGACGAUCUCGCGGAGUUUCACUUCCCUCCCAGUGGCAUUGAACUCCUCGUCGAUAGAUUGCCCUUCCCUCGAAUUUCGGAAGAUAGCCGCAACGGUCACCUUGUAUUCCUCGCAAUGUGCUCGAUUCGAAAGCUUCUCAACCGUGUGCACAGUGCUCUGUAUGCAAAAUCUGACCAGGAGAAUUUCCAUGCCAGCCCUCCGCCCCAACACACAAGCGAUACCCCCAGUGCGACCCCCCAAAAGCAUUCCAUUACAUCUCUUAAGACAAUCAGCGAGGAACUCGAUCGUCAAUUGGAGGAUUGGUUUGGCUCUCUCCCAAAUCCCAUCAGACCAACCCUGGGCAAUUCAAUAUCCGCCGAUCACCCUUACGAUACUUACAUUCUCGCCCGGUACUAUGCCACAAAACACAUCAUCUGCCGCCCGAGUCUUGUUUUUGCUGCCCACACCCAGGGCAGUACGGUAUUGCCAGAGUUUAUUUUCGCGAAUUGCAAGAAAUGUGUCGAUAGCUGUCGCAAAUUCAUCUGGGCGGCAUCGCUUCUUAUGCGGCAGAGAACACACGCAAACUGGCAUAGAAUGCAAUCAAUGUUGGCUGCCAUUUUUACUCUCUCGACUGCAAAAACCACGCCGGCCUUAGAGGCCCUUGUUCCGGACUUCGAUGAGCUAGUGAAAGAAGCAAUUCAAAGCAUUGAACUAUGGGCGUCGCAUUGCGAAACAGCGGAUACAGUCGUCAGUAUGUUGAAGACAAUCCGCCAGAAAGUGCGAGUAUCAGUUCGGGGAGCUUAG